GUCCGUUUGCAUUAUAUGCCUCUUUAAAGCGAGUGUAAGACAGGCAUCUCCGAAUCGCCGGCCCCAGUAAAAAUUUUCCACCCAAGCUUGGUCAAGUUCGCUUGCUAUUUACUACUCAAACCAUGGACGACUUCAUCAUGACUAUCGAUUCUGACACGGAGGAUGUUCCUGUUCCUUCAAAGACAAACGAAGACGCUCAUUUUGACACGAAUUUCACUUUUGACGUGACUAUCGAUCCAUACACAGACCUAGUCGAGGACCGUGGUGUUGGUGCGGAUACACUUGCUAAAGGUACAAGAUUGGAACCGAUAUCAAUUGACGACAUUAUCGCCCGUCGAAGGGUAGCAUUUAAACGGAAAAGAAAAACAACUGAUGGGGAAGAUUCAGACGACUACGACGAAGAAUCUGAGGAUGAGGAUGGAGAGAGUGACGAAGAUGUUGAAGAGUUUGACGGUAUACAGACCGACCAAGCCGAGGAGGAAGACCCUUUGGCUACUUCCGGUGAAGAGGAUGAAGACGAACACGAACACGAGGGGGACAAUGAGGAAGCUUCACCAGAAGAAGGUUCCAGCUCAUCAGACGAGUCUGAGGAAGAGACUCAAUUAGAAAAGGAUCGCAAAACAGCUUUUUUUGAGACACCGUCGUCGUUCUCCGAUGCCCAUGAUUCGUUUAUCACCAUGAAUCUUUCUCGCCCGCUUUUGAAAUCCCUUACCACAAUGGGAUUCCAGAAGCCCACCCCGAUUCAAGCCGCUACGAUACCUAUGGCAUUACUUGGCAAAGAUAUUGUCGGAGGAGCCGUGACGGGUUCCGGAAAAACAGCAGCGUUCACUAUACCGAUGAUAGAACGUUUGUUAUACCGUGGAAAAGGUAAAAAGGCCGCCGCUACGCGCUGUCUGGUCUUAGUUCCCACUAGGGAAUUGGCAGUCCAGUGUUUUGAAGUCGGAACUAAGUUAGCGACUCAUACGGACAUUGCAUUUUGCCUAAUCGUCGGUGGCCUUUCGCUCAAGUCCCAAGAGGCAGUGCUUCGGAAUCGACCUGACGUGGUUAUUGCCACUCCCGGUCGACUUAUCGACCACAUACACAAUUCACCGUCGUUUACCCUUGAGAACCUCGACAUCUUGGUUCUCGACGAAGCCGACAGGAUACUUUCAGACGGAUUUGCUGACGAGCUGGCAGAAAUCGUUAAGUCUUGCCCCAAGUCUCGGCAGACCAUGUUGUUCUCUGCUACGAUGACCGACUCUGUUGACGAGCUCGUGAAGAUGUCACUCAACAAACCCGUUCGCCUCUUCGUCGAUCCAAAGCGAACUAUGGCCCGGGGAUUGGUGCAAGAAUUCGUCAGGGUACGUGCAGGUAAAGAGACGGAGCGUUCGGCUUUACUUGUGACCCUCUGUAAACGGACGUUCAAAAGCAACGUUAUAAUCUUUGUGCGAAGUAAGAAACUUGCGCAUCAACUUCGAAUAGUCUUUUCCUUGGUCGGCUUGAAGAGUGAAGAAUUGCACGGUGACUUGACACAAGAGCAGAGAUUGAAAGCUUUGCAACAGUUCAGGGACGGUGCAGUUGACUACUUGCUGGCCACAGACCUAGCGUCUCGUGGUCUGGAUAUUAAGGGCAUCGAAACGGUGAUAAACUAUGAUAUGCCUGGUCAGCUUGCUCAGUAUCUGCACCGUGUGGGAAGGACUGCUCGAGCUGGUGCCAAUGGCAGAUCUGUGACUCUCGUAGGAGAAGCAGAUCGUAAAAUGCUUAAGGCUGCCAUCAAGCACGGCGCAGGAGAAGACAAAGUCCGCCAUCGAAUUGUCCCCUCAGAGGCAGUCGCGAAAUGGGUUGAAAAAUUGGAGGAACUCAAGGACGAGAUUGCAGAAAUUUUGAAAGAAGAGAAGGAAGAAAAACAAUUACGUCAAGCAGAUAUGGAACUCAAGAAGGGCCAGAACAUGAUCGAACAUGAAGCAGAAAUAUUUUCUAGACCUGCGAGGGCAUGGUUCCAAUCGGAAAAGGAGAAGAAGACUACACAAGCUCUCAGUAAGCAAGAGCACGAGGGAAGACAUACCGUCACCAAGCAGAAGAAGGACAUUAAAGAAGAUAAACCAAAGCGUGAUAAAUUCGCUGGUCUGUCGCGGAAAGCUAAGCGAAGAAAGUUGGCAAUGGAAACAGACGCUGAGGAUGGAGACGGUGGUGCCAUUAAAGCUGCCAUACGAUCUGCGAAGAAAGCUGCGCGCCCAGCCAAGAUAGGUGAUCCCGAGAGACGAAGACCUGCGUCUUCGAGAAUAAAAUCGAGGAAGAAAACCCGUGCAACGACCGCCCGUAUCUCUUGGGGCGGAGGCUCCUUCAGGAAGGACUUUGGAGACAACGCACAAAAUCGAACUGAGGGUGUCCGGGCCAAAAAAGGUGAUAACGUUGGAGGGAUGGGUAAGAAAGGGAAACACACCAAGAACAAGAGCAAAGGGAAAUAAACAACUUUUUC